AUGUUCUUGAAAGCGCUGCCCAUCCCACUGUACCACACUGUGCCUCCCGGGGGCCUCCAGCCACGUGCCCCCCUGGUGACGGGCAGCCUGGACGGGGGCAGUGUGCCCUUCAUUCUCAGCCCCCUGCUGCAGCCUGAAGGACCUGGCUGUGCCCAGCUCGGGAAACCAGCCACCCCAACGCUCACCGUGAACAUCGUGGGCACUCUGCCAGUCCUGUCCCCAGGCCUGGGACCUGUGACGGGUGGCCCGGGGAAGGCCCGUAACUCAGGCAAGUACCUGUGCCCACACUGUGGCCGGGACUGCCUGAAACCCAGUGUUUUGGAGAAGCACAUUCGGUCCCACACGGGAGAGAGGCCCUUCCCAUGCGCCACCUGCGGCAUCGCCUUUAAGACCCAGAGCAACCUCUACAAGCACCGCCGCACCCAGACACACCUCAACAACUCUCGGCUGUCCUCAGAGUCUGAAGGCACAGGGGGCAGCCUCCUGGAGGAGGGGGACAAGGCUGGAGAGACCUCCAGAGCGGCUGGCAAGGGGAACAGCUGGAGCCCGGGUGGGGGUGAUGGGGCUCCAUCAGAGAGAUCCCUUUCUCCAGGCCUUCCUACACAUCUGUCCCCAACUGCCAAGAACUUAGAUCUGAAGUUGGAAGCUGUUUCCUGUCCAGCGUCCACAUUAGCUGACAAAGAGGUCCCUGUGUACUCUACUUACACUGCCUCCGCGGGGCUCCCCCUGGCCGGCUCGCAGCCCAGACGUAAGCUGCCGGAGCAGAAGUCCCCGACGGCCAGCAGGGUGUGCUCCCUGCAGCAGCAGGUGACAUCCUCAGAGAAGCCCUGGGACACGAAGGCCUCGGAGAGCCGGCUGAGGAAGUGUGAGAGCACUGACUCGGGGUACCUGUCCCGCUCUGACAGCGCGGAGCAGCCGCUUGCCCCGGGCAGCCCCCUGCACAGCCUGUCGGAGCACAGCGCAGAGGCCGAGCCAGGAGGGCGGGGGCCCAGCCUGGAGCUGGAGAAGCGGCAGCUGGAGGAACGCAUCGCCUGGCUCAUCUCACACAACCAGGCCGUGGUGGACGACCCCCAGCUGGACCAUGUGCGGCCCCGCAAGACGGUCCUGUCCAAGCAGGGCAGCAUUGACCUGCCCAUGCCCUACACCUACAAGGACUCCUUCCAUUUCGAGAUCCGGGCCCCGGAGCCCGUCCGGAGGAGGCACGGGGCCCUCUGCCCCACCCGCUCCACCUGCGUGGGCCUGGACAAGGCUCGGCCUCUCUUCUUCCACUCCGUCCCCACUCAGCUCUCCACCACCGUGGAAUGUGUCCCUAUCACCAGGAGCAACUCGCUGCCCUUUGUCGAGGGCCCCAGGAUGUGGCAGGAGCCGAGGGACCCCCAGGACACCUGUCCUGGGAGGCAGAAGCCUCUAAGCCCCAGGUCUGCCCCUGCCCAACUGGUGGAUGUCCCUAGCAGUCACCCCCGGGCCCUGGUCAGACAGGCUGCAGUGGAGGACCUGCCGGGCCCCCCGACUGGAGACACCGUGGCAUCUACAGAGGACCCGGAUGGAAAGAGAGCUGUGGCGGGGGAAGAGGCAACCAUCAAGGGCAAAGCGGCCGGGAGGAAGCCCAGCCAGAGGAAGGCAAAGAUGUUCUCCCAGGAGAAGUGGCAGGUGUAUGGGAACGAGACCUUUCAGAGAAUCUACCAGAAGAUGCACGCAAGCCACCAGGGCAGCAGGAAGGCGAGGGAGUGGAGGGUGGGCCAUGGCACAGAGCUGGGCCAUCCUCUGCAGGAACAGGCAGUGGGGGGUGAGGGCGCAGCUCAGGCACAGAUCAGAAGGACCCCUGUCUGUGGGGACACUUCUGUGGGGGCCAAGCCAGGGCCUUGGGGAAGUCCACCGGCCAUGGAAGGCGUCUUAGUGAUCGAGUGUCCCAAGCAGAGGGAGGCAGUGGCCAGAGCAGGAGGCAGUGACCAGCCCGGGGCAGGCAGGGUUACAUCACCUCCCACCCUUAGCUGCGGAGCACCCCCGUGUCUGGGCAGCAAGAGCCCUGUGCUUCCUCCAAAUGGGAGGCUGGAACUGGGGUGUCAGCUACCCUCAGCACCUGGCCCCCUCAAAGGUGGGGACCUAGAAGUUCCCAAGUUGGUUUUGCCACACCCCAAGCUGGAAGGAGGCACCCAGGGUGGCGGGGACACAAAGGAACCCUGUCAGCAGGACCAAAUCAUCCCAAGAAGGCCCAGUGGUAGCUUUGGGGAGCCCCAGUCUGUGGAGGACAAGCUGCCCUCGGAGAGGAAGAAGCUGAGGGUGGAGGAGCUGAGCUGUCCCGAGCAUUCGGGGCCUCUGGGAGCAAGAGGCCAGAACCCAGGGGGCCCGGCUCAGGCCACCUCCCUGCCAUCCCAGAACCAGGACAGUGACUCUGGGGACAGGCCAGGGGGGCUGUACAGGAGUGCUGACUGCAUGGAGACGUCUGGCGCACCUUUCUCUACUUGCUCGGUGGCUCUGAGGCCGGCAGGGCCAAGGGCCAAGGAGCCUGUACUUGGUCCUGCAGCUGAAGCCCCUGGGUCUCAGGCCCAGCCGGCCGCCCAGCCUCGGGCUCCCAGUGUCCUGGAGGCCCUGACAGACACUGCCUUCCCCCCCAAGUACCUGCUCAGGUUACCGAAGGGAGAGACCCUUCUGCCACGGCAAGGCCAGGACCCUCUCUGCGGGAGCGGGCUGCCUGAGGAACUGGACUCCUCUGCUGGGCCAGGGCUAGGGACCCUCCUCCCUCCCCACCCAGCCACAGGCCUGGCCCCGGGGAGAGACGACAACUUUGGCGAGGGUCCCAGCUGGUCCAGGCCGUGGGGCAGGAGAAAGGAAGUACCGGGAGAAGAGAAGAGAGCCUUGGACACCAGCACCUCGGCAGCCAAGGAGUCUCACCGCUGGAGCGCUGGGGCCCCCAGGGAGACAGCCCCCGCCCUGCCCACCCCACCCUGUGACUCCUGGAGGAGGGAGACCAGUGGCACGUGGGCGGGAGCCCGGCCCUGUGGGGGUGUCCUGAGUCCCUGGGCACUCAACAGGGACACGGAGGGGCCUCCUGAGAAUGCCCAGGAAGACCCUCCUCCAGGACCCCUGGCAGGACACAGUCCCUGCUGCUCCCUUCGGCCCAGCCCCGCCCUCUCGGCCCUCCCGCCCAGGGGCUGGCCCGAGCUCACCGCAAGCACCCAUCCAGGGAGUCCCGGCUGCUGCGGGCCCCAGGGCCCCUUCCCCUCGCUGAGGGCCGAGCCCCGGCUCACCUGGUGUUGCCUGAGCCGCAGCGUGCCUCUGCCCACGGAGCAGAAGGAGAAGGCCGCCUCCGUGUACUGGGCGCUGCACGGCCCUGGGGGCAGCGCCCGGGACCAGGCUCUCCUACCCAACAGCCCCAGGGAUGACGUCCCGGGACCCGGGGCCCGAGCCAGGGUGGAAGAGAGGACUGCCUCGGAGGAGGNGUAUUUUCAGCUCUCCUACCCAACAGCCCCAGGGAUGACGUCCCGGGACCCGGGGCCCGAGCCAGGGUGGAAGAGAGGACCGCCUCGGAGGAGGGCGAAGAUGCCCCGUGGGAGCAGCAAGCAGAAGAAACUGAGAAGUCAGUGUCUGAUCCGAAGCCUGGAUGUGCUUCGAGAGGCAGCGCAGAUUCCUGCGCCAACCCUGCAGCUGCCCAGCCCUCGCUGGCUGCAGGUGAUGCCCCCCGAGGCCCCAGCCCCUGUGCUAAUUGUCCGCCUGGACUGGUGUCCAGAGCUGCCUCCCCCAGGGCUGCUCUGUGGGGCGCCGCACCUGCCUCUCCACCCUUCUCAGGAGGGGACCGAGACGCGAGAGGCAGGCGACCUCCCCAGGGACCAGGCUUUGCACCAAGUCUUGCUCCAGCGCCUCUGUGCCAUACAGCGGCUUAGCCCGGGUCCCCCUGCCCGCAGUAGGCAUCAGAUUUGCCUGGAGUUUUCUGGAGUUUUCCUGUGA